AGCGCCGCCGAGCGGUAGCCCCUUAGACUAACGAGAACUGAAGUGAAACUGUAGGAAGCACCCCCGUGCACGUAGAGGUUUAGGGGGGCUGGCGGGGUGGGCGAUGGCGAACAUGUGCGUGUCCUUGCGGCGUACUUCUCGCGUGGUCGGUGACACGGUGGCGCGACACGGGACGUCGGCACACGCCGCUGCUUGCGUCGCAGAGGAGGGCGCAGCGGAGUGAGACAAGAUGGCCGCCAUGCUCCGGGUAGGGCACGACGGUGACACCUGGAAGCGCUGGGCGCCGGCGCCGCUGCCGCCGCUGCCCCUGUUGCUGCUGCUGCUGAUCUUGGGGGCGGGGCCGGCGGCGCUGGCCGACCAGGAUGACGACAACGUGCUGCACAUCGGGGGGAUCUUCCCCAUCGGGGGCGAAGGUGGUUGGCAGGGGGGUCAGGCGUGUGAGCCCGCUGCCAACCUCGCCCUCGAGGACGUCAACAACCGGCGUGACCUCUUGCCAGGAUUUAAGCUUAAGCUUCACUGGAAUGACAGCGAGUGCGAGCCGGGCCUGGGUGCCUCCGUCAUGUACAACCUGGUCUACAACAUGCCCCAGAAGCUGAUGUUGCUGGCGGGCUGCUCCACGGUCUGCACCACCGUGGCGGAGGCGGCCAAGAUGUGGAACCUAGUUGUGCUCUGCUACGGGGCCAGCUCGCCCGCGCUGUCGGACCGCAACCGCUUCCCGACGCUGUUCCGAACGCACCCCUCGGCCACGGUGCACAACCCGACGCGCAUCAAGCUCAUGGAGAAGUUCGGCUGGUCGCGCGUCGCCAUCCUGCAGCAGGCCGAGGAGGUGUUCAUCUCGACGGUGGAGGACCUGGAGACGCGCUGCAAGCUGGCCAACAUCGAGAUCGUCACGCGCCAGAGCUUCCUCAGCGAGCCGGCCGACGCGGUGCGCAACCUGCGCCGCCAGGACGCCAGGAUCAUCGUGGGGCUCUUCUACGUGGUGGCGGCGCGCCGCGUCCUCUGCGAGGUCUACAAGCAGGGUCUCUACGGCAAGCAAUACGUCUGGUUCUUCAUAGGCUGGUACGAAGACAAUUGGUUCGAGCAGAACCUGGAAAAGGAGUCCAUCGACUGCACCGUGGAGCAGAUGCGCAUGGCGGCCGAGGGCCAUCUCACCACCGAGGCGCUCAUGUGGAACCAGAACAAGGAGGCCACCAUCUCCGGCAUGACAUCGGAGGACUUCCGUCUCCGGCUCAAUGACGCCCUGAGCGAGAAGUACGACAUCAAGCACAAGCGCUAUCCAGAGGGUUACCAGGAGGCCCCGCUCGCCUACGACGCCGUCUGGUCCGUCGCGCUCGCCUUCAACAAGACCAUGAGCAAGUUGCUGAAGCACGGGAAAACCCUCAAGAACUUCACGUACAACAACAAGGAGAUCGCAGACGAGAUCUACAGUGCCAUGAACUCGACGCAGUUCCUGGGGGUAUCGGGCAUCGUGGCCUUCAGCUCGCAGGGCGACCGUAUCGCGCUCACCCAGAUCGAACAGGUCAUAAACGGCACCUACGUCAAGCUGGGCUACUACGACACGCAGGCCGACAACCUCACCUGGAUGAACCGAGAGCGUUGGAUAGGAGGCAAGGUGCCGCAGGACCGCACCAUCGUGCGGCGGGUGCUGCGCACCUUGUCCCUGCCGCUCUUCAUGUGCAUGUGGAGCGUCUCCAGCCUGGGCAUCGUGGGCGCCAUCGGGCUCAUCAUCUUCAACAUCUGGCACCGCCACCGGCGCGUCAUCCAGUCCUCGCACCCGGUCUGCAACACCAUCAUGCUGGUGGGCGUCAUCACCUGCCUGUGGAGCGUGUUCCUGCUCGGGCUGGACGGCCAGUUCGUCUCGCCCGGCGUGUACCCGCUCGUCUGCCAGGCGCGCGUCUGGCUCCUCUCCAUCGGCUUCACCCUCGCCUACGGCGCCAUGUUCAGCAAGGUGUGGCGCGUCCACAGGCUCACCACCCACAACAAGCCCGACACCAAGAAGAUCGAGCCGUGGAAGCUGUACACGAUGGUCACGGGGCUGCUUCUCAUCGACCUGGUGCUGCUCAUGACCUGGCAGCUGUACGACCCGCUGCAGCGCCGCAUCGAGACCUUCCCGCUCGAGGAGCCCACCAACACGGACGACGACGUCAAGAUCCGGCCCGAGCUGGAGCACUGCGAGAGCGAGAAGCACACGGUGUGGCUGGGCGUCAUCUACGGCUACAAGGGCGUGGUGCUGGUGUUCGGCCUCUUCCUCGCCUACGAGACCCGCUCCAUCAAGGUGAAGCAGAUCAACGACUCUCGCUACGUGGGCAUGUCCAUCUACAACGUGGUGGUGCUGUGCCUCAUCACGGCCCCCGUCACCCUGGUCAUCGCCUCCCAGCAGGACGCCGUGUUCGCCUUCGUCGCCCUUGCCGUCAUCUUCUGCUGUUUCCUCUCGAUGGCGCUCAUAUUCGUUCCAAAGGUGAUCGAGGUCAUCCGGCACCCCAGCGACCACGCCGAGUCCAAGUACAACCCGGACGUCGGCUCGAAGGAGGACGAGGAGAAGUACCGCAAGAUUGUACAGGAGAACUCGGAGCUGCAGCGGCUCAUCGCCGAG